GCAUGCACGUAACACCGUCCAUCACCGUCCAUAUAUAAUCGCACGUCCCCGAUUCCAACCCACCUCGUCCCCACACUCCCCCUUUCUCUUUCUCUCGGCGAACGUUUCGAAAAAUCUCCUUCGAAUUGUUCCAAAAUCGUUCCUAUAUUUUCGAUCUUCUUUUUCCUUUGAUUUUGAAGCCUUCAAUGCCUUGAUUUUCUGAUUUUUAUUCCAAAUUUCAACUCUCAAUCCUCGAUUCCGCAGCGUAAGUGCACUUACCACCACGCCGUUUCCUACUCACAAAAUCUCUCUAGAUUGUAUAUAGUGGGAUUUCUGCAUGGAUGUGCACAAUUUUGUUUAUAUUUUUUGACGUCCUUUCUCAAGAAUCGAUUGCAUUAUUUGUUCGUAUUGAUGGGGAUUUUCGCGUGAAGGGUUUUGGAUAUGGUCACUGGGAGUAACACGGAUAUGAGGACAAGUCUAAAUGAGGGGCAAAGCCUAGUGGAUGGGAAUAUAGGGGAUUAUAGUUUACACGAUGAACUUCAAGCAAUGCUGCGAGAGCAGCGUAAUAGAGGACUUGUGGAUCGAGGCAGGGAUCUGAACAUUUUUCGAAGUGGUAGUGCGCCACCCACGGUUGAGGGGUCAUUGAGUGCUGUGGGCGGUUUAUUUAGGAACGCAGAUGUUAAUGAAAUUAACCAUAGGAGUAGCAAUAAAACCACCAAUGGAGUAUUAACAGAAGAUGAGAUUCUCUCACACCCUGCAUAUCUUUCCUAUUACUAUUCGCAUGAGAAUAUCAAUCCUAGACUUCCCCCACCUAUGUUGUCUAAAGAGGAUUGGCGUGUUGCACAGAGGUUUCAGGCUGGCUCAUCCUUUGGGGGAAGUGGCGGUUGGGAGAGGAAGAGGGCUCUGGUUGAUGAUAAUAGUUCAUCCUUGUUCUCAAGGCAGCCAGGACUUUCAGUACACAAGGUAGAAAGUGAAUUAAUGGAAUUAAGGAAGGCUGCUGGGAGGCAUAUUCCAAGGCAGACCUCUAGUGAUUGGCUAGAGAGGGGUUCUGACGGUUUGACUGGAUUGUCAGGUGCAGGACUUGGUCCGAGGACAAAGAGUUUUGCUGACAUUCUUCAGGAAGGACUUGAUCGACCUGCAUCCUUAUCAAGUCCUUUCCCACGGCCUGCCAGUCAUAAUGCUUUUGGUGAUGUUGUGGAUGGAACUGCUAUCUCUGAUUGCUAUCCAGCAGAGUUGUGUAAUGGAGUGGAAUCCAUCAAGAGCUUGCAUUCCAGAUCAAGUGCUCCUGGCAAUGUUAGACUUCAAAGUCCUGGUGCUACAGUUUCUCAUUCUUUUCCAUCUGCUGUGGGUUCAUCUUUGUCAAGAAGUACAACCCCUGAACCUCAGCUGGCUGCGAGGCUCCCUGUUUCUGGGCUUCCUCCUGUUAGUAACAGGGUUUAUCCAGUUGAAAAAAAUAUUGUUGACAUGAAUGUCCAAAAUGGUCGUUCUUCUAGCAUGACUGAGCUUUCUAAUAUCACAGCUACUUUAUCUGGCUUAAGCAUGUCAAGAAAUAGAUGUGUAGAUGAAAAUAGUCACUUACAGUCUCAACUUCAUGCAGAAUUUGAUGAUCAAUCUGAUUUCCUGUUAAAUAUGCCCAAUGGUAAUAGCCAGAGUGUGCAGCAGCAACUCACUGACAAAUCCAAAGCUGCAAAACCCUACACUUCUACAAACUAUCUUGAUUUAGCAAGAAAAAAUAGAAUUGUAACAGAUCUCGAUGGGCAAAUAAACUUUCCUAAAAGAACCUUUUCUUCUGCCAGUCUUUACUCAAAGGUGAACUCUUCAGGCCUUUCAAGUUUAGAAGGACCUAGUUAUCAAAAUGCAAAUAUCCCAAGCAUAGACUUCACAGGCCAUGUGCCUAGUGGAUAUCAUGUGAAUCAGAAGCUGAAUACCAUGAUCAACAAUCAUAAUGAUUCAGGUCCAGCUUUGAGUGGUAGUGGAGAUGGACAGAGUUUGAGUCGAAGUGGAAAUUGGGUGAGCUCUGACCUUCACUCAUACAUGGAACCGCAUGGUGUCCACUACAUGCAAGGAACUUCAGAUUAUGCAACACGUACAGCUGCUAGCCAGGGUGAUCCUUCUUCAGUGAGGAAUUUCAUUGGCACUUCACAUGGAGAUUUGUUAGGGUUGCAGAAAGCGUACCUUGAGACUUUGCUUGCUCAGCAAAAACAACAAUAUGAGUUGCCACUUUUAGGUAAAUCUGGUGGUUUGAAUCAAGGGUACUAUGGGAAUUCUUCGUAUGGUCUUGGCAUGGCUUAUCCAGGAAAUCCAAUGGCAAAUUCUGCACUUCCUUCUGUUGGAUCUGGAAAUCCAAUGUUUCAGAAUGAUCAAAUCUCAUGUUUUACUUCCAUGAUGAGAAGUUCAAUGGGUGGACCUAUUACAUCAUGGCACACAGAUACUUCUAACAUGGAAGGAAGAUUUGCGUCAACCUUGUUAGAAGAAUUCAAGAACAACAAAACCAGGUCUUUUGAACUUUCUGACAUUGUUGAUCAUGUAAUUGAGUUCAGUACUGAUCAAUAUGGGAGCCGCUUUAUUCAGCAGAAACUAGAAACUGCCACAGUGGAUGAAAAGAUUAAGAUAUUCCCUGAGAUUAUUCCUCAUUCUCAUACUUUGAUGACUGAUGUCUUUGGGAAUUAUGUCAUACAGAAAUUUUUUGAGCAUGGAACAGAAAGUCAAAGACAGGCACUAGCCAGUGAACUUACUGGCCAUAUUUUGCCCCUAAGUCUUCAAAUGUAUGGUUGCAGAGUUAUUCAAAAGGCCUUAGAGGUGGUUGAUGUGGAUCGGCAGACUCAGAUGGUGGCAGAGCUCGAUGGUUCAGUGAUGAAAUGUGUUCGUGAUCAGAAUGGGAAUCAUGUUAUCCAGAAGUGUAUAGAGUGUGUCCCGCAAGAUCGAAUUCAAUUUAUCAUAUCAUCCUUCUAUGGGCAAGUUGUGUCACUUUCUACCCACCCUUAUGGCUGUCGUGUCAUUCAGAGAGUACUGGAACAUUGUGAUGAUUCAAGUACACAACAAAUCAUUAUGGAUGAAAUCAUGCAGUCUGUUUGUAUUCUGGCACAUGACCAAUAUGGGAAUUAUGUUAUUCAGCAUGUCUUGCAAUAUGGUAAGCCACACGAACGAUCUGCUAUUAUCAGCAAGCUUGCAGGACAAAUAGUAAAGAUGAGUCAGCAGAAGUUUGCUUCUAAUGUUGUUGAGAAGUGUUUAACUUUUGGUGGUCCUGAAGAGCGUCAACUAUUGGUGACUGAAAUGCUUGGUUCCACUGAUGAAAAUGAGCCCUUGCAGAUCAUGAUGAAAGACCCAUUUGGAAACUAUGUUGUGCAAAAGGUUAUUGAGACUUGUGAUGAUCAGACUCGAGAGUUGAUUCUCUCUCGCAUCAAGGUCCAUCUCAACACCCUGAAGAGAUAUACUUAUGGUAAACAUAUUGUUUCUCGGGUGGAAAAGCUCAUUGCAACAGGAGAAAGGCGCAUGGGAUUGUCAUCCUCAUUUUCUUCUUGAGGUAUCCCAAUUUCAAAGAUGAGAUGAAGACACCCUGUGUUUCCCAUCAAAAAAAAAGAAGGGGGAAAAAAAAUGAUUUUGUACAGCUGACAGGGAUGGUGAUGGUUAUCAUUCUGAGUCCUUAUUUUCUGUUUUUAUGAAUGUAAAUAAGUCAAAAUGGUAGACGGACGGCCUGUUGGAAUAAGAUUUCACAUGUCCAAUCUCUCAACCAAGGAGGUCAUUUUUUGACCGUGAAGGUGAGAGAUAAAAUAGGGUAUAGAUAGGCAGCCUUUCUGGGAUUAGAUAAUUUAAUAGUUGAUAGUUUGUAAAGAAAAAUUCCUGAGUGUAAAGGGUGAAAUGCAACGGGUAAACAUGUGAGGUGGAGUUUGUUUCACUAGUUUACAUGUAUAUAUUUCUGCACUUUAUUUUUCACGA